CGCCGGAGUGGGCGGAACGUAGUCUUGAGAUGUCUUCAUUUCUGAAGCACUAUUUUUAAAUAGCAGCGGCGAAAGCCAAUGAAAGAAAGGAAGGUCCUCCUAGUACCCAAUGCGAAGCACGCCAUGGGUGGGGUAACCCUGGCGGGGUACUCCCGUUCACCGGCUAGGCUCGCAGUAGCCGGGUGAAGAGAGCUGGGGAGCGGGGGGUGGGGGGGCAUGGAGAGGAGGGUCCUUCGCGCCAUGGCUCUGCUUCUCUUCCAGGCCUUGCCUGAGGGGUUGCCGGUCAGCGUGGAGCCCGCGCAGGACAAAGAAAUAUGUAUAGGAAUCAACAAUCAGAGUUACAUCUGCGAAACAGGCCAUUGCUGUGGACAGUCUCAGUGCUGCAAUUACUAUUAUGAGCUCUGGUGGUUCUGGCUAGUGUGGACGAUCAUCAUUAUACUGAGUUGCUGUUGUGUCUGCCAUCACCGGCGCGCCAAACAUAGACUUCAGGCACAGCAACGGCAGCAUGAGAUUAACCUGAUUGCCUACCGUGAAGCUCAUAACUACUCCACCCUGCCAUUUUAUUUCCGAUUUUUGCCACAUUAUUUACUGCCUCCUUAUGAGGAAGUGGUGAAUCGACCUCCGACCCCUCCCCCACCAUAUAGUGCCUUACAUCAGCAAUGCAUCACCCCUGGCAGUGGCAAUGCUGCACCGGACACAAGAAACCUACAGCCAGCCCAGCCAGGCUCUCUGUCAGGAACAGGAAGCAAUAAUGGAACUAUGGACAGCACUGCCUCCCCCAACAUUGGGGAUCCUGAAUCCUCCACCCCACUAGUUGAGAGAUCAACUACCAAAGCAACAAGUGGUGAGCCAAGAAACUCCAACAGUGGGACAGAAUUAGAAGAGAUGCCUGCACAUGUAUCCUGUCUUGAGAAGGAGUCAGAAUGCAAGGAGGAACUGCUUAAGGAUUACAGCUCAGAAAGUUUUGACCACAGCAACGCCUUCUCUGAUGCUAAAGACAAGACACCAGGCAGACAUCGAAGGUUCACUGGUGACUCAGGCAUUGAAAUUUGUAUCUGUAACCAGGGCCACCAUGACAAUGAUCUCAAAGAAUUGGAUGGGUUCAUUGAUGAUGGUUCCAUGGACUACUGUGAUAGCUGCAGUGGCGGCCCCCCACAUGGGGAUGAGGAAGAAGGGCUUUUCAGUGCCUCUGAUGAGCAGCAACGAGAGCAUAACCACCAUCACCUCCCUCGACAGCCUGUGUGUGUGCUUCUGAACACCAUAAAUGAACAAGACUCCCCAAACUCUCAUACCAAUACAUCCCCCAGCUAAAACAACAAAGUCAGAAGGGAAGAUGUGCAAAAGGAUAAACAUGACUUCAACCAAAAACAAGUUGUUUCACAUUUUCUUCAGAUGUAACUAUGGGAAUAAUGCCAAAUCUGCAGAGGAAGAGGCAGAAGCUUCUAGGCUUUUUUCCUGAACUGCCUGCUCUCUCCUCCAUUUGUGCAGGGGCUUAAGAUUUAACAUGAAGUUACACACACACAUACAAACAAGUACAUACAUAUACACAUAUACACACACAUGAUAUACAGUAUACAUGAUAUACA